CUCCUUCGUUUCCUAACCCUAGCCGCACACAACACAACACUCACUACUCUCAUCUCAUCGCAUCAUUCAUCUCCAUCUUCAUCACCUUUGGCAGACAAUGUCAUCACCUUUGGCCUCUUCAUCAUCUCCCCAGUGUGUUGCUUCUAAUAAUUCAUUAGCUAUGGAUGAAUCUGCAGAAGAGGUUCAAGGCUCUCAAGCUCAGGCAGGGAUUGAAAGCUCUCAAUCUCAGACUGGUGGUGAUAAUGAUCUUCCACCUUUACCUCCCUUGAAAAAGAGAAAACCAACUAGGAAGCCAAGUGAAGUGUGGAAUCACUUCGAAAAAUUUGACACUGCCAUUGCAAGGGAUGUGCUUGCAAUUCCAGUCUCUACAGUUGCCUCAGAAUCUACUUUUAGCACGGGAGGGAGAACAAUUAACUCGUUUCGUAGUUCGUUGAGUCCUGCUACGGUUGAGGCUUUGAUUUGUACACAGAAUUGGUUAAAGUCCACUUCAAUAUCUUUAGAAGUUGAGCCUACCAUUGAAGAGAUGGAGUUCUAUGAAACAAUUGAAUCAGAAAUGAAGAAAUCAAAUGCUAUGGGGCCUUUACAUGUUUCUUGUGAUUGAGAAAGGAAAUGAAG